GGUUCCUCGUGUCAUCAACGUCGUACUAUGCGCCGUCGACUGGUUGCUUCGACGUUCACUUUCGCGGGUUGUGCUGUGAUUUUGGUUUCUUAACUUAAUAAAGAAAAAGAACUAUUAUUGGUUUAAGUAUGACAACACACGCGUGCCCCAAAGAAUCUUCAAAGAUUUGGAUUUGGGUUGCGGUUAUCGCGAUAAACGUUGGACACCGUUCGAAGCGCGUCACUGUCGCGUCGUUUUACGAGAUCCAACUUAAGUGAACAUGUCCGUUCACACGUCACUUAAAGUCAUUGCCCUGCCGAAGGUUCACGCUCGCAGUGUUCGCAAGCAAGGUGCGAGAAGCGCAUUAUCUUACUUGAUCGCGACUUGCAUCCGUUCGCGAUCGUUCUUCGUUUCUUUUCCUUCAGCGGCUUUACGCUCGACCGUUGCUCGUUACAAGGAGCGCCGAACAUUUUCUAUGAGUAACCUUUACCCUCGCCACAGCGUCUUACGUACCGACUGACUCGUAUACUUCUCGAACACCGACAGGCAAGACCUUCGCGGUAUCCGCGAAAGCGUCCUCAACCUCCGAAACCGUAUUCAACUUCGAGAAGUAUGUCCAUUAAGUUGAGCUCUGUAGAAAUCACAUGACAUCGUAUGCGUAGGGUGGAGAAGGUUAAAUCAAAGGCCAGCGCCGCUAUGUCUGCCGCAGUUAUCACGUCUAUGACUUCUCCUUUGUUGGCUGAAGCCUCCGUGACGCCAUCUUUGAAGAAUACGUUGCUCUCCGUUGUCGCAGGUGGUGUCGUACUUGGGGCUAUCGCCGCGGCUGUCAUAGGGGUCUCUUCCUUUGACAAAGUCUCACGCAAAUAAGCUCUGAAGAGCCAAGUCAAAUGAAGAGGCGACUAGAGUUUAUGAGGUAUCGCUAACAAGUGUGCGAUUAUGGCAAGUUGAAGAAGAUCGUGUAUAUGCGCAAUAGUUAAAUACUUGACAUACUCU